AUGAUCGGGCAUUCUUCACCAAAAAUUCAAAAGAGACCAUCUGUUCUUUCAUCGCUCGAUAACAGAAGCGACGUGCUUGAACAACGAAAACAGCUAUUGACCAAGUCCAAUGGCGUUCGUUCUUCAGAAGCUGAGAAGCGACAUGGGUUGCCGGUCGCCAAGUUGGAGGCUAGAACCACGACGGUUCCGGACCCUUUUGGCGUCAGCGAAAAUACUUCUCCGACAAGGACUGAAUCCCCCCUAAGAAACUCGUUAAAAAAUGAACCGGUCACGGUGUCUCAGAAUGACAUAAACAAGUUAUCAUUUAUCCAGCAAUCGUUCAAGGCCUCACCACAACAUGAUCGCUUGGAGCCGGUGAGCCAACGUCCUACCGUCGGUGGAAAAUGCCCUAGCAGCGUGAAAACGAGCCCCGGCAAGGCUGCACGGAAACGAAUGUCAUCUGAGCAACUGAGAAUGCUCAGCCGCCGAAUUGAUCCAGCUCAGCCGUUGGCAUCUCCGCAUCAAUCACCUACGAAACCUGCGUUACCCCCGCGUCUCAAACCAUCCCACAAACGUUCCAAACACCGUAUGGGCGGUGAGAAAUUCAUGGAAAAAUGUCUCAAUCAACACGACCGUUCGAAGCGAUCCCCAUCGACUACGCAAAAUUCAGUCUCUCUUUACAGAACAUGCAUCAACGUAUGGCCUGGUAUACCAACCCUUGGCGACUUUAGUCACGAGAAUAUCCGCAACCUCAGCGAACUCCUGAAAGUACGCCUGUCGCAAGCCAAAUUUAAAGCCCUCGCGUCACUCGAGAACAAGGGUCUUUCACCCAGCAACGAAUUAUGUUCUUAUUUGGAUGCCGAUGACUGGUACUGGCCAACGAAGCAAGUCCAUUCCACUAUCAAGCUUUCCACGAAACGCCACCAAGGAGUGAGCACCAUGACCACUGUCGGCAACGGCAAGAAUCUUUUCGUUGAUACCCGUAGCCGACCCGAUCACUUUGCUUGCCAUGGCAAGAAAAAGUUUUUGCCCAAAUUAUCUAUGAGCAAUCACCGUCUUUCGCAACUCGACCGUCAUGAUCGUCAUGUGACAUCCAACAUCGACCAUUUCCACAAACACACUGUUUCAGGCAAAACGGUCUCAACCUCAUCCCCAUCGCCUCUCGAUACUGGUAAAGAAUCAAAACGAAAAACGAAAACAAAACGAUCAUUGUCCACAGCACAUACGCCGUUAUCAAAGAAACAAAAAGCUGAAAUUGGUGCUCUUUCUCCCAUCUUAUUUGAUAAUGGUAACAAAUAUUUCGUCUGCGCACCCUGCGAAAAACGGUAUAAAACUCGAAAUGGUCUGGCAUAUCAUUUGGAGCGAUGCAAACAUCGACUUCCAGAAACCGAAGUUGAUGAAAACGCUAUCGACUGUAUAUGUUCUGAAUCCACACGCAAUACAGGGAUGAUGAUACAAUGCGAUGCAUGUCGAACAUGGUUACAUCUCAAGUGUGUCGGCUUGACGGAAGAUUCUCUGGAAGAUACUUACCAAUGUCCCCGAUGCGAGGAUGCCCCCUACGUGUAUCGCAACGGCAAGAAGAUUAAAAAAUCCGACGUGGAUCAUGUUAAACAAAAGAGCAAAGAGCUCAUGCGCACCUUGAUGGAAGCACGUGAAUCUACCUCCAGUACAACCACAGAAUCUCCGGUCGAUAUAUUCAACCAAGAUAACGAUAUGACUCCCAUUGAACAAGCGGAAAACGGAGAACAAAACGAUCAAGAUGAUGACGAUCACGACGACGAAAAUGACGAUGAGAAUGACGACGAAAACGAUGAAAACGACGAAACCGACGAAGUCCAGACGUUGGGUUCCAUUGCCGUCGCCAGCCCAUCUGAAACUCCUGUGAAGAAUGACGACGCCCAGUUUUCCGCAAAUGAUCUUCCGCAGCAACAAGUGUGGGACGAUUUCUCGUUUGCACUUGCACUGGCUGAUGAACAUCAGUCGACUCAAUCAUGGAGUAAGCCCAGCACUCAGGAAGAAACCGCGUACGAAAAUCCAAUGUCCAACAUAUCGUGGAGUGUGGGAGAUGUGAAUCUUUUACCUCCAUCUCUUUUGUUUUCCGAAUCGACGUUCAGCAGCGCAAUAGACGAUGACAUGUCGGCUCUGCCUUCAGACAUCGCACCCCUUCCAAUGGAAGGUGAUUCAAUCCUGUCCGAUAUCACCCCUUUCACCUCUUUUGCCGCCGACUCGAACGCUGAUCCAUUAUGGUUUGAAUUCGCCAACUUUGAGGACGAUUAUAUGUGCGAAACUCAAUAA